AUAAAAAUUACCGAUUAUUUUGAGCGAAAAAACCAUUAUCAAUAAUGAUGAUAAAGAAGAUGGCAAUAAAACGAUUGGAACCGUUGACAACAUCGAUAAUUCGUUCAUCAUCACAACCGUUGAUCAAAACAAAGAUCGAAUGUAUCGUUUAUCUGAAAUUCUAACUGAUGAUAAUCUUUGUGAUCUAAGAAAUGUUGAUGAAACAUUUGUUUAUUAUCGUUAUCCAUUCAAAUUGGAUACCAUACCGAUUCCAUUGAUCGAUAUUGAUGAUGAUUUUGUUAUUCCAUUAAAUUAUAUAUUGUUACCAUUUCAAGAAACCGAACAAAUCACAUAUCAAAAUGGUAAACAAACAAAAUGGUCAUUAGUAAAGACAGUUUUUGCCAAUCAAAUCCAAAAUAUUUUUCAACUUGAUAAAGCAAUCAAAACAUAUAAUCCAUCAUUACAACGAUUACAUUUUGAUAUAUUAACCAAUUAUGUCCAUUAUCAAAUGGAUGAUGAUGAACGUCGAAUGUUUUUCGAUCAAAUAUUGCCUGGUAUCAUACGUUUAGCAUUGGAUUUACCUCGAUUAAUUGGUUUUAAUCUUGCCAAUCUUGAACAAUAUACACCGAUGACCAUAUUUUUAUCACAACAACAAAUCAGUUCAUUAUUGGCCAAUGCAUUUCUUUGUACAUAUCGACCGGAUUUUAAUCGUAAAGAACGACGAUGCAUUAACUUUUCCAGCCUUUUUGCAAGCGAUGGUUGUAAGCCGAAUAAAAAAUUUUGUAAACAAGAAAAACUUAAAUGCCUGUUCAAUUAUCUAAGACGUGUUGUGGAAAAAACACCAAUUGGUGUGGUUAGUUUUGAACGUAAAGUUUUACGCCACCAUCAACAAACAGAUCUGGAACAAUCAACAAAACCGAUAACGACAUUUGAAUUCAAUCAUGAUCGUUGCCUAUUGAAAGAUGGCUGUGAUUAUUCACAAGUUGAUUUUGCACAUAAAUAUAUUGGUGGCGGUGUUCUUGAUCAAGGCUGUGUACAGGAAGAGAUUCUUUUUGUUUGUUGUCCAGAAUUGAUUGUUAGCAAAUUGAUUUGUGCUAAAUUAACCGAUAAUGAAGCCAUUGUUAUUACCGGUAUUGAACAAUACAAUGAAUAUAGUGGUUAUGCAGAAAAAUUCAGAUGGCAAUGUUCAUAUGAAGAUAAACAACAUCGUGAUAAAUAUGGUCGCCGUUUUCGUCAGGUACUGGCCAUGGAUGCACUUUAUUUUCAUUGGAGUGCUAAAAAAAGUCAAUAUGAAAAGGAAAAAAUUGAUCGUGAAAUUCAUAAAGCAAUGGCUGCAUUUCAACCGGAACGAUUUUUAUGUUCACAAUCAAAAUUGGUAACCAUUACAACGGGAAAUUGGGGCUGUGGUGUUUAUAAUGGUGAUGUUAAACUAAAAACACUCAUACAGAUUAUUGCUGCAUCUGAAUCUAAACGAAAUUUAAUGUAUUUUACAUUCGAUAAUCGACGAUUAAAAAAUGAAUUUGAUCAGAUCAAAACUUUAUUCGAAACAUCUGAACAACCAUUUACUGUUGGACGAUUGUAUCGAUUAUUAUUACAGUAUGCUAGCCAAAACAAAAUGAAAACAAAAAUAUUGAUCUAGUCGUUUUAAUAACU